AUGUCGGAGGGAUCCCUUCUUCUUCCUGUGGAGGCUCGAGGAGAGGAGCCCCCAGGUGGAGGGCCUUCACCCCUGCUCAAACGCUUUGUCCCCUCUUUUGGAAAUCAUUGGCAUCUACGCUGGAGUUGGGGAUCCCAAGUCAAACAGCAGCAGAAGCAGCAGUUCCUUCGGGGGGGUCUGCUAAUAACGGCCAGCAGCUGCAAGGCUGCACUGCCCAGUAGAAGAACCCUGGCUUCCACUAAUACAAGCACCAUCAAUAACAGUGGCAGUGGCAUAGAGCUAGGGCUAUCCGGGUCCCGGCUUCCAAGCAGAGCCUCAUUGACUGCCAGCAGCGGCAGCAACAACAACAGCAGCCACACCAGUGAACAACGCCGCCUACGAUCGUUUCCCCUCCCACGGGGAGGCCGACACUUCCUGCCCUCGCUGGAUAGUCUCUACUUGAUAAGCACUAGCAGUAGGAAAACCAACAACAGCAGCCACAACAGCAGCAGUCAGCAGCACUCAGUUGCUGCAGCAACUUGCUCCACGCCUUCUUCAGAACCCUCGUCACCUUGCCUGCAGGCCGAAGGGAACCAGCAGCACGAGGAAGUAAAGCAACAGCAGGAGCGAACACAACAACAUCACGAAGGGCCUGAUGAGCACCCAGGCAGCUUCCUCACCUUUCCUGCUGCUGCUACUGCUGCACCCUUGCAGCCAACCCAGACACCUGCAGGAGGGCCAUACGGUCUACCUAUUUCAGCUGCAGAGUAUUUAAUUGGUGUCAGCAACAGGGGCAACAGCGAGAGCAGCCCGCCGGACCUGCCGCCGGAGGCACUUACAGCAGCUGCAAGAGCGAUGAGAUGUGCCCCGGAAGAAGUUCGCCUGGCCCGCGCUCGGCUUCAGGAGAAGCAACUGAGACAGCAGCAGCAGCAGGAACGGUUGCAGCAACGUGACGCCGUUCAUGCAGUAAUAUCUCUGCAGAGAGUGUCUUUUGUCGCUCUCUAUGCCUCUGUGUACCUGCUGAACAGAAAAAAGUACCCGGAAGUGCCGACUGGACGAGGGGUCUUACUACACCUUCAAGUCAGCAAAGGCAAGGCUUUAGGGUCUGGGGCAUGGGAUUUAAGGGCUGCAGUUCAGGCGUUGCCUCCGGGAUCAAAUCUUUUGGUUAAUGGGGUUACAGUGGAGUUGAAAAACAGAGGAGAGGUUGCCGCGUCGAUUCAUAGACUCCACUGCGAAUACGGAGUUCCGCUUUGCAGAGAAUUCGGCUUCCGCAAAGAACGGCUUGAUGAACUUCAGCUGAAGGGCCUCAGCAAGAAAGGCAGCAACAACGAAAAUCAAGGGCGCUCCGCAACAGGAGCAGUAAGCAACGGAACCAAAUGGUCUUACUGCAUCCGAAUCCGUAUGCGAAAGCUGCAGAAGCCUCAGGAGUUGUUGCAGCUGCCUACACAGCUCGGAAUAUUCUUUCACGAGUUGGCGCACCUGCGGCACAUGAAUCACGGCUUGGGCUUCGCUUGUCUGCUGGCGCGCAUUUUUCGGUAUGCCACGGAGCGCGGUCUCUUUGAACCCGGUUGGGAGACAGAACUGCCGUCUCCUUGGCUCUGGGAACGGGUACUAUUCUACUGUGGUGGCUUCGUCACCGACACGCUUCUGCAGCAGCUGCUUCUGGCAGAUCCAAAGGCACGCGCUGCUGCUGGUGCCGCGUGCAAUCUAGAUGCACCACCAUCGGCGUCAGCGGCAGAAGGGGAACAGACGCCAGAUGCGUCUUCGCCCGCUGUUGGUACUGCCGACUCCCCGGGGAGGCAAGCAGCACCACAGCCAGCAUCGACUGAUGUUGCAACGGCGGAGGUGGCACCUGCUGCGGAUGCUGCUUGUAGAGCAGGAAUUACAAGGAGACUAAGCAACAGCCACGCUAAGCAGGAGUCUGCACAAGGCUCAGCAAAGGUUUCAAGGGUGCAGCAACAGAAGCAGCAGGUGCAGCGGCAAAGACGAGUCCCGCCUAGUUUUACACUUCGUCAGCGAACAAGUCGCGGCAGUGUUGGAUAUCCUCAGAAGGCAACGGCGCGGACAAGUAGCAGCUGCAGCAGCAGCAGCAAAAGCAACGACAGCACCACGGGGCCGCAGCGGGUUUUAGGGAAGUUCUUUCCUUGUGCGAACCCCAUUUUCCCGACACGAUGCCAACAGAGGCAGCAAAAGUUGCAACAAUCGCAUUCUCAAGGACAGCAGCAACAGGAGCUCGUGAAGCAGCGCAGCAGCAUCAGCAGCAGUUCCAUCUCGAGCGCCAACAGCGGCAUCGGGAGCAGGGGCCGCAACAAUAGCAAACGGAGAAGCAGUCGUGCAUCGUAA